GUCUCGCGCGCGCUGCUAACCACUACUCCCUGAAGCUGUAGCAGUGAGGAGUAAUCAGUACACGUGUGGAUUACUGUCAGCAGCACCCAGGUGUCUGGACCGAUGAGAUGAUACUAAACCACAACAGGAGUCCUCUUCUGCUCGCCGUCACCUGCAUGUACAUCUCAGGAGGUCUGCUCUGGUCCUACCAAGAGGAGGAUGCCAGUGACGGUGAAGAGUGCUCAGAGAAUAAGAUUUCCACGACAAAGUACCCCUGCCUGAAGCCGAGUGGAGAAGUUACAACAUGUUACAGAAAGAAAUGUUGUAAUGGCUUCAAGUUUGUGCUGGGCCAGUGCAUUCCUGAAGACUAUGAUGUGUGUGCUGGCGCCCCCUGUGAGCAACAGUGCACCGACCACUUUGGUCGAGUGGUGUGCACCUGUUACCGCGGCUACCGCUAUGACCGUGAGCGCCACAGGAAUCGAGAGAAGCCCUACUGUCUGGACAUCAACGAAUGUGCAGAUAAAAACAUGACUACGUGCUCUCAGAUCUGCCUGAAUGCUGCGGGGAGCUACAGGUGUGAGUGUGAGACAGACUAUUUCCUGGAAGAAGAUGGGAAAACAUGCACCAAGGGGGAGAGAGCAGUGCAUCUGUUUGAGAAGGCUGACAACGUAAUGAAUGCUGGAACUUGCUCAGCCACAUGUGACGAUUUCAACCAGAUCAGGAUGUCUGUCCUGCAGCUUAAACAGAAGAUGGCUGUGCUGUCAAACAGUGCUGACAUCCCUGAGCAGAUGACCAGCGAGAAAAUUGGGACAUCGCCCAUAUUUCUACCAGGGCCGCCAGGUUUCCCUGGACCUCCAGGUGAGCCAGGACCAGAGGGCCCUCCUGGACUUACAGGACUGCUGGGGCCUCCUGGGCCUCAUGGUCCCAGGGGCUUGAUGGGACCCAUUGGACCCACACCAGACCUGUCACACAUCAAACGGGGCCUCAGAGGACCUGUGGGGCUUCCAGGAGCGCCAGGAAAGGAUGGCCGAAAGGGGGAUAGAGGAGCUUCUGGGCCUGUCGGACCACCGGGUCCUCCGGGCUCCUUUGAUUUCCUGCUGCUGCUGAUGGCAGACAUCCGUAACGAUAUCGCUGACCUGCAGAACAAAAUGUACGGGCGCCCGUUGCCCUCUCCGGGGGAGGACUUUCCUGGAGUCCCCGACAGCUGGAGGGACACCCAGGACAAUUUGGAGACCGGCUCAGGUGAGGACUACAAGGAACCUGCACCUCGAACAGGCGGAGGAUCAAAGAGAGACAGGAAGUGGAAACCAGCGCGAGAGAGAACAGACUUUAACUGGAAUAUUUAAAAGGGUUUGGGUUUAUAUAUGAUACGGUCAGGUGUAAAUAUUUAAGUGUUUAUGCUUUUUUAUUUAAACAGAGUGUACUGUAUGCCUUUUUAUCACAGAUGUUUAUUUUUAUAUGAUAUACAUAAGAGUUUGUGUGACUAUUUUUUAACAAAAUUAGUUGAAUGUGCAAAUGCAUGAAACACAUGUUUCCUUCACGGCGCAUUAAACAAGUCUCCUUUUAAUCCGAUGUUACGUCUUUAGUUUAUGUAAGUACAUUUUUCUCUUUCCCACAAUUUGUAUAAGAAAUAGAGCCACCAAAUAUCUAAAUAAUAACACAUAUAAUGAAAGAUUCCUUUGCCACAUGGUCACCAAAGUAAAUAUUGAACUCAUUUUUCCCAAGAUACACGUUUUUCAGUAUAUACAUAAAGAUGUUGGAUCGUUGUUUGGUUCUCAGUUGUUGCAUAGUUCUCCACCAGAGGGAGACAUACUCAAAGCCACUUACAAAUGUCUGGGCUUCCAGUUUCUUUGCUCAUGGCUGACCAAUCACACAACACAUCACAAUAUAAUGAAUGCGCCUGAUAUAAAAAGGCCACUCAAGUUCAAACUGUCAGCUAAUGACUCGGAGAAUGUGAGUACAUCAUAUGGUCUGUCAGUGAAUGAACUUAUCUGAGAAAACCUUUAUAUAAUCACUGUGAGGAAGGUAUGAAAUCAUGUUUAUCUCUCAACAUUCAGCUUAUCCUGCAGCUACAUGACAUGCUUUACCUCUUUGUAGUUUUAAUUAUAAAGCUGUGUUACAGCUUUAUGUGUUCCCUGUGCUGUUCUCUCCCUGCUCCAGUAGCUCUGGUUUCAGGUGUGCUGCAUUGCUCAGCUAGGUGCACCUGAGCUGGGAAGGCGUCUGCCGUAUGUAUGUCUUUUAUAUUAAUAAAUCCUAUGGAUUUAAUAGUUUUAAAGGCGUCUUCUGUGUUUGAUUUGGGUCCCCGUAGUAUAGGGUUUAGCAAGCUAAAGCUUAAAAUGCACUCCUGUGCACACAAAAGUAUAGCACUUGUUUACCUACUCAAGGGACUGAGUUAUGAUGACUUUUACUUCACUUUUGAUACUGUUAAUACUUCUAUACUUACUUUAGAAAAUGAUCAGAGAACUUCUUCCACCACUCUUCAGUGCCCCAACUGUCAUUCAGUACCACUCUAAAUCCACUAGGUGGCAGUCAUUUCUCAGUCAGUAUGAGCACUGUGUGAUUCAUUCCCUCUGAUUGAUGCACAGCACUCAGUGUUCAGUGAACUCAUUAAACUGUGCAGUGUAGUUCACAGAGGAGCACGUGACGAUAAUCAAAACACAAUUAUGAAUAAAGCUUUGUG